AUGAAUUAAAUAAGUAAAAAAAUUAGAAAAACUAGAGCAAAAAAGAAAUGUAUAUUUGAAUCUUCUAAGAUUGUAUUUUGUAAAAUAUUUGCAUUCUUAACACCAAAAGAAAAAUUGAUGUGUCGUUUUGUUUGUAGAAUGUUUAAUUAUUUUUCUAUCUUAUCAAUAGAAUCUUUAAAUUUUUAAGCAUAAAACACAAAAAUGAAAGCAUUUAAACCAUUUAUAGGUAUUUAAUCAAUCAUUUAAACUUAGCAAAAUGCACAAAUUUAAAAUAUUUAAUAUAUCCAUGUUUAUAUAAACGAGUUUAAAUGACAUCUUUAGUGGGUAAAAAGAAAAGACCAUAAAUUAGAGAAAUUACUCAUUUAUGGUUUAGAAGUUAUGAAGAUAUUGCUGAGUUAAUGAAAUUAAAUACUGGAUUAAGAGCAUUAGAAUUAAAAUUUGAUUUUAGAGGAAUUCCUUAACCAUAAAUAUCUUAAGAUGUUUAAGAAAUUCUAUUAAAUUCAUCAAUAGAAGAAUUUAUAAUAAAAGAAUAAGAAAUUCAUGAUUUGGCUUUGAUAGAACUAAUGAAACAUAAAAUCACUUGUAUUAAAUUAGAAGUCAAGAAUGAUUAAAAUUAAUUAAUAGAAAAAUUGAUAUCAAUAGAUAUGAAACUUAAGAAAUUAUAUAUAAAAAUUACUAUUGUAGAUAAUCGAAUUGUAGAUUCACUCAAUUUCUUUUUAUAAUAGUAAUUAGACUUAGAAGUUCUCUAUUUAGAUUUCAAAAAAGGAGUAGAUUUAUAAAAUCAUAAGAAAUUAAAGACAAUUAUAUUAGAAAAUGUUUGUGAUUUGAAAUCUUCAAUGAAAUUUCCAACUGUUCUUGUUGAUAAACUUAUUAUUAAAUCAUUAACAAUUACUCAUAAAGAUAUUAAAGUAUUUAUACUAUUAAUUUAUUUAGUUUUUAUUGCAAAACUUUUCUCAUUAUAAUACUUUAGAUAUUGCCUCAAUAUAAGGAUGUUGGAUAGAUAUUCUAUUAGAUAAGAAAAAGGCUGAAACUCCUGUCUAAGAAUCUGUAAAAAGACUAAAUGUUUAUUUAAGUAAAGAAACCUUAAAAGGGCUCUAACAAAUAUUAACAAUUUCAAAUAUUAAAUUAUUUUAAUUGGAACCAAUUGAAAACUUAUUCAAUUAUUUUUCAUGA